AAAUUUACAUCCGGGGAAUGCCACAGACAGUGCGAAUAUAUAGAAUUUAGCAUAAUUAUCUCUUUUCUUUUUAUUUAUUUAUCGUGUUUGGAAUAGGUACGAGAAAAUCUUAACACUGGCAAAUCGACGACCAUCAGACGAAUAUGUGAAAACCCCACGCAGAGGAUACAGGAAGUUGAACCCAUUUUUAUGUGUUGGAAAAAUGGGCAACUCCAAGUCCUCCAAGUCGACUCGUUACUAUGACGAUGACAUUCCAACACUCAAGUCUCUGGAGAUGCCUCAGAAGGAGCGUGACCUUCACCUGGCGGUCAUGGCUAACGACAGAGAGGGAGUCAAGCUGUUCAUAAGCCAUGGGGCGGACAUCAACUACCCCUGGAGCAACCCACUGAUCCCAAGUGUCAAGGACAGCACCACCCCCUUACUGGCUGCCGUGUCCCUAAACCAUGUGGAGAUCACAGAGAUUCUGAUUAAGGCGGGAGCAGACAUUAAUUUGACGGACAGAAACAGUUGCUCCCCUUUGUACAAGGCAGCGUUUCAUGGCCGACCAGUCCUCAUAGAAAUGCUUCUAAAAGCAGGGGCGGACAUCAAUCAGGCUGACAAAGAGGGACAGACUCCACUGUACAUCUGUGUCCAGAAUGCCUUUGUUCACUCCAGUUAUGCUGCAGUGGAAUGCUUACUCUCAGCUGGAGCAUCCAUCAAUAGAUGUGACAACUCCGGCCGUUUCCCCAUACAUGUAGCUGCUCACUGGAAACUCAAAGACAUGAUCCGGAUUCUCCUUAACGUUAACAGUGACGUGAACAAGUUGGACAAUCAUGGCCGCACGCCGCUCUACGUGUGUGUUAGCUCGCUCAGCACCGGGCUGUACAAGGAGGAUCUGAAGUACCAGGUACCGUGUAUCAAAGUCCUGUAUGCCGCCGGCUGUGACAUGCUCAACCUGGUGGACUGGCUCAAGUGGAAGGGGCCUGGAAUCCCCCUGGAACUCAUGAGGGACGACCCCAACUUUCUAACGUGGUACAAAAAGAACAUGAACUCGCCACACUCUCUAAUGAACCUGUGUCGGAAGGUCAUUCAGCAGAGACUCAGUCGAAAGAAGAAACUGUUUGAGCAGACUCACAGGCUUCCCGUGCCCCCCAAGAUGAAGAUCUAUCUCUCACGCAUUAUGUUUUACCUGCCUGCGUAUGACCCAGAAUCUGACCCAGAAUCCCUGGAUUAGGUCUGGGUCCAGCCAUUGUCAUUUUUUUCAUAGUUUGGGUACAAAGUUUGUGAUUUCUCUGCGCUGGAGAUUCUUGUGAUACUGAAUCUUUACUCAGUAGUGAAUGCGAUUCGCUCCUAUUUAGUUGAUUCUGAUUUUGGUCUUUUUUAUUAUUUUUCCUCCAUUUUAAUAAGUUGUAUAAAAAAUGUUUAAAGUUCUGAUGAUUUCUGCUUUUGGAACAGAAUUUCUUGACAAUGUCUUAUGUCAUUUAGGAUUUCUCUUGAUACAUUGAUGAAAGCAAUUCAAAAUGCUUACCAAUAUUUUUUUUUAUCAAGCCUUCUGCUGUUAGCCUUGUAAAAAGUAUGAAUUUUCAUUCUGAAUAUUUGUUACGUAAAUCAUCUUAAAUCUAUUAGUACAUGUAUAUUUUCUUGCUCUACAAGUUUAGCAAAAUUUAGGCUCUAAUAGUCGAAAUGGAGUGUGUUUACAGGCUGAUUUUUCAAUCAAAGAGUUUGUAAUGAAUGCAUUGUAUUGAAUGUGUGCACAGUAAUUUUGUUUUUUACUGGGACAUAUUACAGGUAUUUACUGGGACGUAGUACAGGUAUUUUAUUCUUUCUUGCACACGUUCUUGUAUACCAAUAGCUUUGUGUUUUGUCUCACCUUUCAAUACUGGCAGUGGAUACAAAACAGAAAUUUUGACUCUGCCUUUAAGAACUCUAAACCAAAUGAAAGUUAUUUCGGACUCAAUUGUUUAGGAAAUCUUUGACACUAGACUGUAUGCUGAAUUUAAUGAUGCAAUUAUUUCUUAAUUAAUUCUGAAAAUGUAACAUGUUGAAGGUUACAAAUAAUUUCAAGAGGAUUGCAUGCUGAUUAUCUAACCCUUGGUAAACAGAUUUUGAUUGAUGUAAAAAAUGGUUUCAGUGCCAGCUUUUUUUUUCUGGUUUAUUAUAGACCUCUAUCAAAAUUUUGUACAUUCCAUAACUAUUUAUUUAUUCCUGAGUUUGCCUCAUUUUUCUGAGCGUCUUUGUAAUGUAUGUAAUUCAUUUAGUUCUGAUAAUUGUUUCAUGAAUUCUAGAAUAGAAAAUUUGGCUGCUUUCAAAAUAUUGAAUACACUAUAAAUUCAAAGAAAUGAAUAUCAAAGAUAAAUUUUACAUGUAUAUAUAAAUAUAAUUGAUUUUUGAAAAAAGAGAAUUGGUACUCAAUUGAAAGAGAGAUGCAUGUACCAUUUCUUAAAUGUUUAAGCAUGAUUUCAGUUUUAUCACAGAUUAAGUGUAUGCAUAGGUCAAUAGAGUACCCAACCUUGAUCAUUCGAUUGAUUUUGGGAUAGAUUAAGAAAUAGUGACUUUGUUGGACUUUUGAUUUGGAGAAGUUUGGAAGAUGUUUAAAACAGCUGGCCUGUUGGUAAAGCAUUCUUCCAUUUGUUCAGGUGUGGGGGCAGGUCCCCUCACCUGUCCAUCUUAGGACUCAGGUGUGUUGUUGACAGACAUGCUCUCCAGGCAGGGCCUCUAGAACAGGGAGCAGUCAUGGUGUUAUGAACUGGAAAGGCAUACCAUUUGUCAGGGAACAGUAUGAUUGUCUUGUUAUGUGGUGUAAUAAAGCAGUAAUACUUGUGUAACAUUCAUUUUUACAGUCUCCAGUAAACUAAUAUAAGAAUGUAUUGAGCUAUUGUAGUUGGAUAUAAAUCUCAAAUGACAAAAAGUUCACUAAAAGUGACUACAGGGCAAUGAAUCCUCCUAUAUUAAUUCGUACAGUCACAAUUGUAUGUACUUCAGACAGUCGUUUUGGUCAUCUAUGGUAAGGUCAAAUUAAGUAGGAAAGCAGCCAUUUUGUUUCAGGUUCUUGAAAAAAAAAAUGAUGUCAGUUUAUUCAUAACAGAUACAUGUAUGUAGUGAUCUGAUUAAAAAUACGGGUCAGUCCUUGAUGUAUGGUAGGUCUAAGAAAGGUGUGAGAAAGAUUGGAUUGACAAACUUAUACUAUUGUAGCACUCUAUAUAAGUGUUACAAAAACUAAUGAAUGCCACAGAUAUCUAUGGUUACUUUAUCGUUGACUGGUAAAUAAGAGAUGGGUGCAUUUCAUAAGGAGAUGAGUUGUCCUAUAUAAAAUUGCUGAUAGUCAAAUAUGCCUGUGUUUGUACAUGUAUUUCUUGUUACAACAAAAGUUGACUCCACAGACUGGCAAGAUCUGUACUAGGUUUGUAGUGUGUAUGAUGUUGACAUCAUCCUGUAUGUAGUUCAUCACAGCGUGAACUUGGUGUAUGUGUUCAUCACAGCAUGAACUCUGUGUAUGCAUUUUAUGUGCACAUGAAGAGAACUAUUCCCUGGUGACUGUCUGGGGCUCUGUGGUUUGCUGCUGACCUCAGGCUGUCCACAGGGCUACAGUUGUUCAAAUUUUUUGUACAAUUAUUCUUGGUGUUUUUUUUACAUUUUAUCCUUCCUGAAAAAUUAAAUUGUCAAUUUUAAGGUUCUUCUUACCAGUUUUUCUCUCUGCAGCUUGUGCUGCUUAUGUGUAGUGUUUUUUAAUGCAUCAACUCACUGUUUGUUUUGCUUGUGCAGUUGUGCUCAUUUUCAGUUUGUUCAUUUAAAUAUUUCAAGGCUUGGAUAACUUUAUCUUGGCAUUAUAGAAGUGCAAUAUGUGUAAAUACCUUGCUCAUUUGAUUUUUUUUCAAGUGCAUCCUUCAUUAAUACCUUUAAGAAAUGUACUGCGUUAUCGAUGCAGUUAAUAUAUCAUCACUUUAAAAGAAAUAAAGUACUGUAUACUGGGUAAUUUUCGCCCUGUGUUAUUUUCGCCCCGUGUUAUUUUCGCCCUUUAACAAUUGCAGACAGUUUCGCCCAGUCUUGAAUUCGCCCAGAUGCAGUUGUGUUAACAUAGAUAUUAUUUGCAAUAUAGAAUUUGCCCUGUCUUAAAUUCGCCCUUUGACAAUGAGGGCGAAAGAGGCGAAAAUAAAGCGGGGGCGAAUAUUUCCCGGCCUGUAAACAGUAAAUUUUCGCGGGGGCAAUUAUUUCCCUGUAUACAGUAUAAUCUGUUUAAAACUUAUCUCCCCUUAUUCAAGGAACUCUUUGCCUUUGCACUGAAAUAUACAUAUUCACAAUAGUGUUACAUUAUGAGUUUAUCUGGAAAGACUGAUUUUGGGGGUUUAUAUCUUAAUUGUCAGAGACUGUUUUUUUUAUGAUUGUAUUUUUAUUUUUUUCCAAAAAUGAGUUACUGUUUUUUUUUUCAAAUACAUGAAUAGGAUAGUAAAAACAAAGUUCUCUCUCUCUCUCUCUCUCUCUCUCUCAUGGCUGGUCCAUUGAUAAGUCCUCUUGUAUCUGUUCUCAUUUGUUUUAGUUGUUAAGCUAUGCCUUAUGCCUAUGGCUUACGGUAUUAUGACGUAGCUGACAGGUUGGUUGGCUUACAGUAUGUGACAUCUCUCACCCUGGGGUCUUCUCUCUCUCUCUAUUAAACACUGGUCGGUCUGAGCGGCGCUUGAUUUUGACAUCACUGGUUUUGUUUCUGUUUUUUGUUAGUAUGCCUGAGUUGUGUGGUAACAGAUUUUGACUAUCAUAUUAAUUACAUGUAUUUGAUAGAAGUGACACUGUUGUGAAUGUAAAUAUUGCAAACUUUUAAUAAAAUUGUGUCUUUGAAGUCAAAACAA